AUGCUCUCUUAAUAAUAAAUAAAAUAGUUUUGUAGCGAAAUAGAAUACAGGGAAGAUGACUUCAUUAAGAUUUAGAACAAAUUGUAUAAGGAAAACUAUGUCUUGAAAAAAAUUUCUAGCAUUUAGAGUGAAGAUAACCUUUCUAAAUAAUAUUUAUUAGGUUCUGGAGGUUAGGCUUUUGUAGUCUUAGGGUAGUAGAUAUAGACUAAAUAAGAGGUUGCCAUCAAAUUCUCAAAAAGUAGCAAAUAAGUCUUUGAUGAGAUGACUAGAGAAUAAAAUACUAUUCAAAAAAUUAUCAAUUUCGAUUUUAUUGUUGAAGUUAAACAGCAUUUUUUCCUAGAUGAAGAAAAAAUAUGUAUUCAAAUCAUCGAACUAUGUUCUAAAAGUCUUUUCUAAGAAAUCUAAGAAUUGAGAAGCAAAAAUUAAUAAUACUCUUAUUAGCAGGCUAUUUCUAUUCUAUUCUUUGCAAUCAAUGCUUUGUGCGAAAUACAUGCUAAUGGUAUAAUACACUUCGAUAUUAAACCAUAGAAUAUCUUGAUUACAAAAGAAGGGAAAUAUAAAUUAGCAGACUUUGGGCACUCAAAAAACUUAUAGAGCAAUCAGACACACAUGAAAUCGUUUGGAGGAGGAUCUGUAUUUUACAAUUCACCAGAAUAAUAUUAAGCAAAUCUUGGAGAAUCUCCUAUGAAAGACCUAUAAAUGAGAAUGUACACAGACAUUUUUAGCAUGGGAGUUACAAUACUUGAAGUAAUUGGUGUAAAAAUUGAUUUCAAAACUUUUAAUGCUCUUUAAUAAGAUUAAUUAGACAGUAUUGAUGAUAAAGUAGGAAUAGAGUUUAAAAAUAUUUACACUUUUGUUAAAUAUUUCAUGCUUUAGCAUAAAUUUAACAAAAGAUUCUCUGCAAUUAGGUUACGUUAAAUAUUCUUUGAAACUUUUGAGGCUGAGAUUGAAUUUUAAGUAGAAAUAGAAAGAUUAUAGAGAUAAAUUGAAAAAUAUCAGCCCGAAAAUUCAAAGCAAAAGAAUCUAAAAUACUUAGCAUAUCUUUACUACUUUUAAUCAUAAGUACUUGAACCAAAACAAGCGCAAUAAUCUAUUCUAAAAUCAGUAUCUAUUAUAAAAGAGUAGAAUUUGAACGGAUAAAUAGAAGAAUCUAUUUUCUUACAAAUGUAUGGUAUUACUCUUUAAAAAUUAUGUAUGUUUAAAGAGUCUGAGUAACAAUUAUGUAAAAGUCAUGAACUUUUAAUCAAAUAUUACAAUAAUGACAAAAAUAUUGAUAUAGGAUUUUCUUAUUUCUAAUUGUAUUUAUUUUAUUACGAAACCAGGCAGUACGAGAAAUGCUUAGAUAUUUCUUAGAAGGGACUUGAAAUAUUUGAAUUAAAUUUCCAAAUAAAACAUCCUUACACAUCAAAUUUUUUAAAUUCAUUAGGAAAUUGCUAUGAUGUGUUUAAUGAUUUUGAAAAAAUGUAAACUUUUUACAAGAGAGCUCUAGACAUGAGACUUGAAUUGUACCAAGGGAAUCACAUAAGCAUAUCAAGCUCUCUAAAUAAUAUGGGAUUGUGUUAUGAGAAAUAAAAUAAAUAUGAAGAAGCACUUAAAUAUUAUUUAAAAACGCAAGAAAUGGAUUCAGUAUUAUUUAAAGGCAAUAAUAGAUCGAGGGCUUGUACCUUGUUUAACAUUGGAAUAACUUACCGUAACUUGGGAGAUUAAAAAAAAUAGCUAGAGUACUAUCUAAAAAGUUUAGAGAUGUUUUAAGCAUUGUAUCUAUAUAAUCAUCCUGAUUUAGCUUAGAUUUAUUAUAAUUUAGGAACCUAUUAUUCCAAUUAAGGAGAUAAUUAAAAUGCUUUAGCAUAUUUUUUGAAAGCUCUAGCAAAUGCAGAAGCUUUAUACGAUAAUAAUCACCUAGAUAAAGCUUUAUAUCUAGAAAACGUUGGAAGAACUUACAUUAACAUAGGUAAGUUCAAUUUAGGAAAUGAGUUCUUAUAAGUUGCAAAAGAAAUGGAUGAAUAACUAUAAAAUGAGUGA